ACGUCAACCCUCGAAAAUUCUUUUGGUGUGUUUCUCCAUGUUCCCCUCCCAUGUCCCAACUCCCAAUAUGAGUUUUGUUGUGGAGAAUGAGUGUGCAAAAAUCCCUUCCCUUCCCUACACUCUUCUAGAUCUCUCUCCCUCUUAAAUCAAUCCACCCCUCUUUUCCUACUAUUUUGGUUCUUCAAUCAAUGCAUUUAUAUGGCGUAAAAUUAUAACAUUUUUGGCUUUCUAUCUAUACAUUUUUGUUCCUUCUUCUCUUGUCUAUAAGGCUAAAGAAGAAUAAGAAGAAGAAUCAUGGUUUCUUUGCUAAUUCCCAAUGGAAUUUUUACAAACCCAUUAAUCAAAACUAACCCAAAAUCAAAACCCAUAAUUUGUUUUCAAUCCCAAAACUCUAAAUUCCUCACCCCCUUUGAUUUUAUCAACAAAUUCAUGAAACCCAAUUCAAGAAAUUACAUAAAUUCCAUUGUUAAAGUGCCAAAGGCUGUACCUUUCAUGGAAAAAAGCAAGGGAAAAAGGGAAAAAAGAGGUGAUAAUGAGGGGAUUGUUGAGGGAGAAAAGAUUGAUGGUAAUGUCAAAAUGGGUAGUAAACAAAUGAUGAUUUUGUGUGGAUUGGGUUAUUGGGUACAAGGGUUUAGGUGUUUUCCAUGGUUGGCUCUUAAUUUUCACAUGGCCCAUAAUCUGAAUUUUGAUCCUUCAACUUUGCAAUUGGUGCAGAAUUCUGGUAAUCUACCCAUGGUGGCUAAACCCUUAUAUGGGAUUUUAUCUGAUGCUCUCUACAUUGGUUCUGCUCAUAGAAUUCCUUAUAUAUGCAUAGGAGUUCUUUUGCAGAUGUUGUCAUGGGGGCCAUUAUCUUUAAUUUCAGUGGUGGGUGAAGCCCUUCCUACCCUUAUGACAUGCGUUCUUUUCAGUAAUCUUGGGGCGGCCGUUACAGAGGUUGCGCAAGAUGCGCUUGUUGCCGAAUAUGGUCAAAAGCACAAAAUUGUUGGGCUACAAUCCUAUACGUUCAUGGCAAUAGCGCUGGCUGGAGUUUUAGGCAAUUCAUUGGGUGGUAUACUUUUAUCUAAAACACACCCGAAGACGCUUUUUUCUAUAUUUGCACUCCUCCUCUCCGCACAACUUCUCGUUUCCUUUUUGACAAGAGAAGCGUCCCUCGGUUUAUCGAAACCUUCAAGUUCCUUUGUUGAACAAAGUUCAUUAUGCUCCAAUCGUGUACACACUUCAUUCUUGACCAAUAUCAAGAAGCAGUUCUCCGACCUUAUAGUUGCGUUGAGCGGGGAUAAAAUAUCACGGCCUCUAAUAUGGGUUGUAGCUUCUAUUGCAAUGGUGCCUAUGCUUACGGGAUCUAUCUUUUGCUAUCAAACACAAUACCUUAAUCUAGAUCCUUCCGUCAUCGGAACUUCCAAGGUAAUUGGGCAGAUACUGCUUUUAUCAUUAACUGUUCUCUAUGACCGGUAUUGGAAGAAUAUCCCUAUGAAGAAGCUAAUCAGCGUAGUUCAGAUCGUGUAUGCGUUCUCUCUCCUUUUUGACCUUGUUCUCGUAAAACAAUUCAACUUAAAGUUUGGAGUACCAAAUGAUGUAUUUGCUCUGUGCUUGUCGGGUUUAGCUGAGACUAUCGCUACUUUUAAAACCGUACCCUUUUUUGUGCUUAUCGGGAGCUUAUGUCCUCCGGGAUGUGAAGCUUCGGUAACUGCGUUCCUGGCUUCAGCUUUGACUUUGUCGUCGAUUUUUAGCGGUUUCUUCGGUAUUGGAUUGGCUUCAAUGCUUGGUAUAACUUCGGAUAAUUUUUCUAGUCUCCCGGUUGGGAUCACACUACAGUUUUUGGUUGCGUUAGUUCCUUUAGUAUGGAUCAACAACCUCCCAACUUCACUACCUUCAAUCGAAAAGGAAAAGAAGAAAGGCAAGAGUAAAAGGAGUCGAAGAAAUCGGAGAGUCGGAAGAGUGGUGAUUAACUCAGAUUUUUCCUAUCGACGAGAAAGAGAAUCAGAGACACAAAGAUAAGACGGUUUUUUUCAGAUUACAUCCCCUGCCACUUCGAGGUUUGCCCAUACUUUUCGAAAAGCCGUAAUGUGGAAGAAAGAUAUAGGUUCAAUCAAACUCAAAGGGACCAACAGAGCAUGCUAUUUUGGCAAUAAUAAGGACAACACGGCAUGGAAUGGCUUCAAUGUCGUUCAUUUCGGAGUACUUGAAUAGAUAGGCCAUAGAAUUAUGCUGAUGUUGAUUACCUUUCGGAAAUCAAGCAGUAAGGUGCGCGUGUUGCAGUCAAUACAGUUUUGUUAUUUAUUAUAACUGGAAUUCAUUACUACUUAGUGAGUUGUAACUUCGGUUUUCCUUUGUACAGUUGAGAGUUGAGACCGUCAGGAUGGAUAAGUUGCUGCUCUAUCACGCGAAGAAAACACGAAUUUUUUCUAGGAGAUAACAUUGUUCGUAGUUUUACGUUUCAGUAUGGGUGGUUAACCAAAUGUACAUAUUGUUAGUUCCACUUAGAGCUGUUCAAAACAAAUCCGACCCGGAAUCGAAAAUUAUCUGACCCGAAAAAAUGUAAGUUUUUUAGGUUUACCGAACCGCAAUUACCCGAACCGAUACUUCACGAACCGUUUGAUAACCGAAAAGGGCAAAAUAGAACUCGAACUGCAACCGAAUUUUAUAACCGACAUAUAAACCUUAACCGAUGUUACCCGAACUGAACAGUGAUCGACCCGAGUCAAAUCCGACCCGAAUUAUGCACGUAACCGAAUGUAACCUGACUAACACCGAUUAAGAUCGAACUGUUUUUAACCCGAACUGAUACAAACCCGAACCGAUUGUAAAUCGAACUGUUAUAAAUCCGAAUCAAAUUUUCACCUAAUUUUAGCAAAUUAACUCCAAUUUCAGUUUUCUAAUAAUACGGAAAAAGGAAGAACACAAG